ACAAGCGGACAGCAGCAGCAGGGCUGGCCUGGCCUGGCCCGGGACUCCCACAUCUCCUCUGCGCGCUGCGGCCAGUGAGCAAAAGGCGACCGGAGCCACACAGCGAGGAUGAGUUUGCUGUCGGCGAUCGACACGAGUGCCUCCGUGUACCAGCCGACACAGCUCCUGAACUGGGUCUACCUGUCCCUGCAGGACACCCACCAGCCGAGCGCUUUCGAUGCCUUCAGACCCGAGCCUUCGUCCCACCACCACCACCACCACCACCACCACGAUCUCAACUACGCCAAGGCGGCCGAUCUGGGCACUUCGCUUUAUUCCAACUACUUGAACAACUUUUCCCAACUUCAGAGGAACGAGGCUAUUACCAACGGUUUAUACAAGAGUGCUUCCCCCUAUGGUUCUCUGAGUAACAUUGUGGACGGGCUGAGUUGUCUGACAGACCAUUUCUCGGAUCUAUCUUUAUCGGCAGAACCUCGGAAACCCGGCAAAAGACCUCCACCAAACUAUCUGUGCCAUCUCUGCUUCAACAAGGGCCAUUACAUCAAGGACUGCCCCCAGGCCCGUCCCAAGGGAGAAGGCCUGACCCCUUACCAGGGAAAGAAGAGGUGCUUCGGUGAAUACAAAUGUCCAAAGUGCAAAAGAAAGUGGAUGAGUGGUAACUCCUGGGCCAACAUGGGCCAAGAAUGCAUCAAGUGCCACAUCAACGUUUACCCCCACAAACAGCGGCCUUUGGAGAAGCCGGAUGGACUGGAUGUGUCUGACCAGAGUAAAGAGCAUCCUCAGCACCUGUGCGAGAAGUGCAAAGUCCUCGGUUACUAUUGUCGCCGAGUGCAGUGAGUGAAGCAGCAGCCGUCCUAUUAUCAUCCACAACCAUCCCACCUGCUUGCCUCUCUCCCUUCCUCUCCCAACACUGCUUUAGAGUCCUUGGACCACCACUCAGCUGAAAGAAGAAUUUACCAAAAUCUCGUUCUAAGCAAAAAACUAAUAGGCCUUAAACUGGUAGAAUGUAACUCUUUCCUGUGUAUGUGUAUAUUUCCAGGUUGUAUUUAUGGUUUUAUUAACUACCGAAAGCAGUAUUACCAAUAACCGUUUUAAACGGCACCUUAAAUGUGGUGCCUCGCUACUCUUGUUUACAGAGACUUUGUACCAUGAGCUAGUGGGAGGAAGAACUAUAACNAAAAAAACUGGGCUGACAUGUGUUUUUAAACCCAUCCAACUGUCCCACUGCUAAAUCAUUAGGCCAACACUUUGUGAAUUUUUCAUAGGCAAGUCAGCUUUGCCCCCUAGUUCUUUGCAUUGAGAAAGCUGGCGAGAUUCAGCAUUAGAAAAGUGAAAAAUACUGAACAUGGGUAUUGGCAAGUGGUUACAAUGGUGCCUAACAAUUAGUAUCUGAUAAUGUAGAUUGAAGUUUAACUAUAGGACUUUGUGGCACAGUAACAGAAAUAGAGAUAUUAACUCUUUGGGUACUGAAUAAUAUUUCUUAAUGUAGGGCUCAGUCAGAUUGUGGAGUUAAGUAUAAACAUAUAAAAGGCUGUAAUAAAACCAGCGAUGAAGUAUAAUACUGUGAAUUUCUAAAAACACUUAAAGCUUUGCAUUAUCUGCAGGAGAGCGUCAAUGUCAUUGGCACUACAGCUCUUUAAAAGCUCUCACUAAGUGCCUUAGUAGCUCUUGAAAUGUAUCUUUGGAGUGUAUUUGUAUAUAACACUAUUGCUCUUUACCCCAUUUUAGUUUAAACACACAUUGCCUCUUCCACUCCUCUCCCUCGAUGAAGUAAACCAUUUCCCAACCUCUACCAUGUCCUUUUCCCCAUACACCUGCAAAUUUGAUGAGGAUGAUGACAGAAUAUCAAUGCAGAGUCUCUCUUUGCUUUCUUCAUAACCUCAAACACAC